AUGCAUACGGACUUCGACACCGACAUGGACACCGACACGGAAACCACAGCACUCUGCCCCUCCAGCAGCCACCGGGCCUCUCCUCCAGAGACACCCACACCAGAAGCAGAUGCCACACUGCUGAAGAAGCCAGAGAAACUGUUGGCAGGGUUGGACUGGGGCAGGCCACCCCCUGCCCCAGGGGCCCCCAGACGAAGAGGCAGUAUGCCUGUCCCCUACAAGCACCAGCUGCGGCGGGCCCAGGCUAUAGAUGAACUUGACUGGCCACCUCAAGCCUCAUCCUCUGGCUCCUCUGACUCCCUGGGCUCAGGGGAGGCAGCCCCCACCCAAAAGGAUGGCAUCUUCAAGGUCAUGCUGGUGGGGGAGAGCGGCGUGGGCAAGAGCACCCUAGCAGGCACUUUCGGUGGUCUCCAAGGAGACAGUGCUCACGAGCUGGAGAACCCAGAGGACACCUAUGAGAGACGCAUCAUGGUGGAUAAGGAGGAAGUGACUCUAGUUGUUUAUGACAUCUGGGAACAGGGGGAUGCAGGGGGGUGGCUGCGGGACCACUGCCUUCAGAUGGGGGAUGCCUUUCUCAUCGUCUUCUCAGUCACCGACCGACGAAGCUUCUCCAAAGUUCCAGAGACCCUACUUCGGCUCAGGGCUGGGAGGCCCCACCACGACCUUCCUGUCAUCCUUGUUGGAAACAAGAGUGACCUGGCCCGUUCCCGGGAGGUCUCACUGGAGGAGGGCCGCCAUCUGGCAGGGACACUGAGCUGCAAGCACAUCGAGACGUCGGCUGCGCUGCACCACAACACGAGGGAGCUCUUCGAAGGAGCGGUGCGCCAGAUCCGGCUGCGGCGGGGCCGGAAUGGCGCCGGGGGCCCGCGGCCGGAGUGGGGCAGCCCCGAGGGCCCCGCUCCGCCCGCGCGUCGCGAGAGCCUCACCAAGAAGGCCAAGCGCUUCCUUGCCAACCUGGUGCCGCGCAACGCCAAGUUCUUUAAGCAGCGCUCCAGAUCGUGCCACGACCUCUCCGUGCUCUGA